GGCAGACGUGGUAUAAAAGUGGGAUUGGUCAUAGACACAAAGAGAGUCACUACGAAAAAUGUCAAUAUUUAAGUAACAAGCGCUUAUUUGUUAAUAAACAAAUUUAAAAUUCAAAUUGCAUACUUACUUGUAAUUGAAACUUUACAUAUUUGGAAAACUUCCGUUUAAAUCUGGAAUAUUAUAAGCACAGUGUGAUUCAUUAGCGAUUUUCGAUAUAUUGGAGAUUAAAUUUGUAUAAUUUUUUUUUAAUUUGGUGCGUUGUAGCAGUUUAUGGUUUUAUUUGGUGUAAUUUAAUAUUAAAAGAGAAUUCAAAAUGUCUUUGGAUGAGAAAUUUAAUGCUUCUGCUGAAAAAGUGAAAACUUUUACAAAACGACCAACUGAUGAAGAAUUAUUACAAAUUUAUGCAUUAUUUAAGCAAGCAACUGUUGGUGAUAAUGAUACAGAAAAACCAGGUUUAUUAGAUUUAAAAGGUAAAGCUAAAUGGAGUGCAUGGUCUGAAAAGAAAGGAAUGUCAAAAGAUGCUGCAAAACAGGCGUAUAUUGAAUUAGUUGAAAAACUUUCAGCAUCAUAUCUUUAAAAUGUUUUAUAAUUAUUUUUUAUAAAAUUUUAUAUACAUAUUAAGAAUUCUUAAGAAGUUAAAAAAUAAAUUUAUAUAUAUAUGUAUUAAAAUUAAUUAAUAAUGGACUAUGGAUAUUUCCAAAGAAA